AUCAGCUGCGGGAGAGCGUAGUGAAUGAUACAUGUGCCAUUCCUCGUCUUCUUCCUCCUCCUCCUCUUCGAAUCGCCUCCUCGACGUCUCUUGGUAGUGUGCGCCGUCUUGACGUUACGUGCGCCUUUGGCGCACUCUCCCAUCCGACGCUCACCUCCCGCCGUCUCCUCCGGUAACACUACAAUCGAUCCAGAUCCUCUCGUCGCCGAGAUCUCUGUUUCCGAGCAGAGGAGGGCGAUGUCGAAAGCUCGUGUGUACACGGACGUUAACGUGGUGAGAAGCAAGGAUUAUUGGGAUUACGAGUCGCUCAAUGUUCAGUGGGGGGAGCAAGAUGAUUAUGAGGUUGUAAGGAAGGUAGGGCGUGGGAAGUAUAGUGAAGUGUUCGAGGGAUUUAACGUGAACACCAAGGAGAAGUGCAUCGUCAAGAUCCUCAAGCCUGUUAAGAAAAAGAAGAUAAGAAGAGAGAUUAAGAUACUUCAGAACCUAUGCGGUGGGCCGAACAUUGUGAAGCUCUUUGAUGUUGUUAGAGAUCAACAACACUCGAAAACUCCGAGUUUGAUAUUUGAGUACGUCAACAGCACAGACUUUAAAGUUCUGUACCCUACACUGACUGAUUACGACAUUCGUUACUACAUCUAUGAGCUCUUGAAGGCAUUGGAUUACUGCCACUCGCAAGGGAUCAUGCACAGAGAUGUGAAGCCUCACAAUGUUAUGAUUGACCAUGAGCUGCGUAAGCUUCGGCUGAUAGAUUGGGGUCUUGCUGAGUUUUACCACCCUGGGAAGGAGUACAAUGUGCGUGUGGCAUCAAGAUACUUUAAGGGACCUGAGCUUCUUGUGGACUUGCAAGACUAUGACUAUUCGUUGGAUAUGUGGAGCCUUGGUUGUAUGUUUGCUGGGAUGAUAUUCCGUAAGGAACCUUUCUUCUACGGGCAUGACAAUCAGGAUCAGCUUGUGAAAAUCGCCAAGGUACUUGGGACAGAUGAGUUGAAUGCGUAUCUAGAUAAGUACCAGUUAGAACUUGAACCACAACUUGAAGCACUCGUUGGGCGGCAUAGCAGGAAGCCUUGGUCCAAAUUCAUCAACGCGGACAAUCAGCAUCUAGUCUCACCCGAGGCGAUUGAUUUCCUGGACAAGCUGCUCCGGUAUGAUCAUCAAGACAGACUAACUGCAAAAGAAGCCAUGGCACAUGCUUACUUCGCGCAAGUAAGGGCAGCAGAAACCAGCAGGAUGAGAAGUCAAUGAAACUCAGGAGUGAGAGAUCUGUCUGGCAAGAUGAUGAUGAUGAUGGUUAAGUGUUUUGAUCUUUUCUUCAAAUAUUUUCUAAACAAUAUAUGUGUGUGAUGUUUUCCUUUUUGGCCAACGUUAAAACACUCUGUAUUGAAUUACAACGUAUUAAACGUAUAAAAGUUCUAAACAUUUGUUUUA